CGAAGAGAUCCAACUGCCUGAUGUCAGCAACUUCAAAACGAUGGAAGGCCAAGGUAUAUCUGGAGUUGUCGAGGGUCAUUUUAUCGAUAUUGGCAACCCGGCAAUGUUGGAAAGAUUGGACGUGAAGCUAACCCCUGAAUUUGAGACUGAAUACGAUCGACUCUGCGCCGAAAGCAAAACCGUUGUGUUCGUCUGUGUUGACGAGGAACUGGCACUAAUGAUCUCAUUGGCUGAUAUCAUACGCGAGGAGUCUCAUUUGGCUCUUAGAUGGCUUCAAGAUUUAGGCGUGCAUCUGGCUAUGUUGACCGGAGACUCCAAGGAGACGGCAACCGCUGUACAAAAGCAACUCAAACUCGACUCGUGCGUCUCAGAGAUGAAGCCGGAUGAUAAGCUGAAAUGGAUUACGAAUAUUAAAGAGGAACAUACGCUCAGGAAACGCCACUGUUGUAGAGGGGUAAGUUAAUACAAUGUAUAUGUAAGAAAAUAAUCCAGUCAAACAUUUCUCAAUACGGACCUUGAAGGGACAGAGCAAAGUGUUCGUAUUAUUAUGGGAUGUCGUUUUAUAUAGAGAUGUUACGGUAGUACCCAAAAGUUAAACAAGUUUCCGAGAGCGCCCAAGAGCCAAAGGUAUGAGAUUCCUGUGCCAUUGACGCGAAUAUCUCUUGAGGUAGCAUAGUGUAUGCCCACCCAGAAAAUUUUGAAAUGUAGGAUUCAAUAGGUAGAGGGGACAAAUUUAUUUUAAGAUACGAUUGUAGCUGUAGUGCCAGUGGUCGUGUUGUACAAGUCACACUAGGGGAUUUUUGUUUUUUUGGGGGAGGACAACAUCUGUAAUGGUCUUAUACACAUAAUAAACUAUAUUUCUGUUUCAAAAUUAUUUGCCCCUUGAAAAGGUAAGUAAAAGCCCUUCCUGUAAUGCGGACCAUCAGUGUGGGUAGUACCAAUGUGAAAAUGCUGUGCUGAGUGGUUAUAUUACUGCCUUAAAAAACAACUUCUUUUUUAAGGUAGUAAUAUAACCACUCAGCACAGCAUUUUUACUGCAUCAUACUAUGUACUAUUGUGAAUCUCGGUUUUGGAACGAAACUCUAAGUAAGUGAAUACUCGGAGUGCCCAUAGAGGCUAUCAACCUUUCUUGCUCCCUGAGGUCGACAAUUAGCGUCCAGAAUAUUCUCUCGGAGGUGUUUCUGAGAGGUGUCCCUAAAGGUUCGAUUGUAAUUAACACAUUUUUAGGACCUUUGUCUCGGUUCUUGACUUCUUGCAUCAAAAAUUUUAAUGUAUGAAAUAUAUAAUCUCUCUAUUGGUUCAGUGGCACUAAUACCUUUGAAUUUGUCUAGUCUUAAGGUGGCUGCCACAAAAAAAUUCCAAUAUAUUUGCCAUUUUUAGAAAAAUGAAAAAAUGCAGUCUGCUUUAAGACAAAAAAUGUACCCUAAACCGAGAAAUCCAGUUAAUUCUACACCUCAGUGUAUAACAAGUUCAUAUGUCAGCAUUAUGCAUUGCAAGAGAACCAUUAUAUGAAUUCCGUUCUUCAUAUAUCUAUAAAAUGGCAAAACAUGAAGGCCUUAUCCCAUUACCUGGGUAUUAUUUUAGGUUAAAGACAUCAAUGUAUUAGGUGUCCAUUAAAGCUGUUUCUAAGAUCCUCAGUAAUUUUAUUUGGCUCACAUCCUUUUUGGCGCAAACCCUAUAUUUUACCCUACAGGAAGGCCUAUCCAAGUUACUACAUGUAUGUUAACGUUAACGGCAAAUGUAAAAGUUACUGAUCAUGUGUCAGCUGAGCAUAAUCUACCAUUUUUGUCUCAAAUAGAUGACAAAUUAAAGCUUAAUUAAAAAAUGUUUUCGGUGUGGAGGACCACCGGUGCGACAACAAAGUACUUAUCAGGUUUAAGACAACAGAGGCAUGAAAUGAGGCAUUGCGCAAAAGCAACAAAAAUACCAGCCUGGGGUUAAUAGGUUUAUAUACUUGUAACGUUAUUACGUUAAGUCUUGAAAUCUUUAAUAAGCUCUAAAAUUAUUUAUUUAUUAAUUUAUUUAAUUCGCCUUGUACAUAUUACAGUGGCAGGGAAUCCGCAACAGCGUUUGCCAAUUACUGCGGGCCCGAAUAAAUAAAUUACAACAAUACAAAAAUUAAACAACAAAGAACAGUACUAACAAUUCUUAUAUACAGCACAAUAAUGACGCUGUGAGGCUACGAACAGAAUUACACUGAGGACAUAUAGUUUUAUAACUACGAGGAUCCUCAACAUUGUAACACGAGUAUACAAAGAGGAAAUAUAGUAGUUAAACAUUGCCGACUUAAAUGACGAAAGACUAUCCGUAUUCAAAUCAAGUUCAUCAACGAGAUGGUUCCAUAUUCGAGUUGCCCGAAUCAUGAAAAAUCUUUGAUAUGUUGCCAUUUUGCAUUUUGGCACGACGAACUUAGGACUGUUAUUGGCGGAGGAUCUAGUCGAUCUGGAAGUGCGGAUAGUUGGAUGUAAUGAUGCUUCGAUGAUUACUAGUUUGUGAGUUAUUUUAUAAAGGAGUUCCAUAUCUAGAUAUUCAUUUCAAUAGCAGAUCAGUAAGAGUCCUAAAGUUUGAAGUCUGGUGGUGUAGUCAGUAGAGGAGGAGAAUGGAAGACUAAGGAUGUAUUUGGUUGCUCUUCUUUGCGUUCGUUCAAGGUGGCGUAUUAGUUCGGUGGAUUGUGGUGCCAUUAUUUGGAUAGCAUACCCCAGGUGUGGCCGAACUAGUGCAAGGUAUAAUGUGCGUCUCACUUCCUGGUUGUGGAUAUAGAUUGUGGAUCUCCUGAUGUAACCCAAUAGUUUAUUUGAUUUUGAUGACUGCUCGAACACUUGUCUGUUCUAUUAUUAACUAUAUAUAACAUGCUGGGAAAUAAUGGAUUGCUUUAUAAUUAAAAUUAUCGGCUAUCAUUUACAGCGUACAAGUGAGGAUAGUUUCCCCUCUUAAGUGUCAAAAAGGUGGUUAGUAAUCUUAUAGUCUAUUAUUAAUUAGAUUGAGAAUUCGUGCAUUUUAGGAAAAAGUUCCUUUGGUUGGGAUGGUCGGUGAUGGCGUCAACGAUGGACCAGCUUUGGCAACGGCUGACGUGGGCAUUGCUAUGGCAGCAGGGGGGUCCGCAUUGGCAGUCGAAGCAGCAGGGGUGGCAAUUAUGACCAACAGCGUCUUAAAAGUGCCUGAAAUGAUUUGCCUAAGUCGAUUCUGUCGUCGUCUAAUUAUCGAGAACAUCGUGCUGGCCAUCUUACUCAAGCUUGUUUUCGUUGUGGUCGCGGUGAUGGGUUACGUCCAAGUCUGGAUGGCAGUAGUUGCAGACCUGGCUGGACUCCUUGUCGUUAUCCUGAACGGACUGAGGCCUCUCAUAUGGAAACCACCCAGAUCGAAUACCAAGACGAAUGAGGCGCCGAAGGCAUCAUGGCUACAACGUAAACAGCCCGAUGAAUAUAAACGGAUAAAACAAGACGAUGAACUUAAUUAAACAGUAUUGAUAGCUAGGAGGACGGUUAAUCGGUAAACCGGAAAAAGCGAUUAGGCCGAUCUUAUGUUGUUUUUGGAGAACCAAAAAACUAUAAACAUGUAUUUUAAUAAAAUGAAACAUAUACUCACACACGGAAUAUGAUACAAAUUUGGAGCAAAUUCUUGCAUUUACAUGAGGAAAUAGCUUGUACUUCAUACUCAGCAAUGUUUAUAUUCAAAUAAUGCAACUGUUUUCGAAACUGAAGUCUUCCAAGAGUGUACUGUCGUGUUUAUUUUAGCUGUUACAGUACUUU